AUGGAUGUGACAUUUAGUGAGGCCUAUCGUACAAAACUUAGAAAUCGCUUGAAAACGGCUAAACUUCGUGUCACUGAAAAAUUUACUGCAAAAGAGGCACUCGAGACUCAAGACAACCAAUUGAAAAAAGAUAUAGAGUUGAGGGCCAGUAGUCGAGACAAUUGGAAACAAUGUAUUUUCGAUGAAUUCAAUACACAAUUAUCCGAAACUGUUGUUUCCAGAGACGAAUCAUUUGAAUUCUUCUUUGGAAACGAUAACUUAGUUAAGUCUAAGAAUAAUGAGACGAUAAUUGAUUCAAACAAAACUAUUGAAUCACCGAAAAGAGAUGCCGAACAAGUGAUUCAAAUUGAAGACAAUCCCGACAAUCGGGAUUCCCGACUAUUAAUUACUGAUGUAUUAAACUCUACAAAUAAUUGGAAUUUUGUGGAAAAAUGCAAAACUGAAGUUAAAUCACGAAAAGAGCGCAUAAGAGAUGAAAAUCAAUAUUUAUUUAUACCAUCGGAUAAAUGUUUAGAGAUUAGUGACGAAUCAUCAGUAAAUCAAGAAAUCGAUAUCAAAAAUUAUGUCUAUUAUAGUCCGCAAUCAGACGCCGAUCUAAAAUUAGUUUCUUCCGCAAAACCAACUGAAAUGUCAUUUAAAGAUAUACUGAAAAAUUUGUUUAAAGGCGACAAUACUAAUGAACUUAUUAAUGAUUCAACAAAUGCAACAAAAAACAAAAAUGAAAGAAAAUUGUUGACUAAUUUACAAUCACUUAAUGUCACAGAAUUAAACCGAUUAAUACAACAAUUAAGAAUCAAUGAAACAGAAAAUCAACAUUUAAUUAGUGUAAUUGAAAAUUAUAGACAAACCAUCGAUGGUUCAAAUAAAUCACUUAAUAAAGAGUUGGCAAAAGAACUUGUGUUUGCCAGUGAUGAAGAUAUUGAUAAUGACACUCGACUUAAGUUACUUACAAUGCGAUGGCAAGGAGUACCACAAUUCAAGAAUUACCGCUUUGUUCCGCUCAAUGCCAAAGAGAUACCAAAAGAAUUGUUUGAAGAAAACACAACAAUAACUCCUUUGAGUACAAGUAAACACUUUGAAGACCGAAGAAAAAAUGCAAUUGAAUUGCUUACUAAAGUAAGUCAACAAUUGGUCAAACAAUCGAGCGGAACAAUUGAUAGGCCGCGAACUCUUGAGGAUAUGGUUAUUGAAGAGGAUAUGCCAGGAAUCAGUGCCAUUGGAUUUAAGAUUAUACCGGCAGCUCAUCAACGAAGACCAUUAAAUCCUCAGCGAAAGGAAAGAAAAAAAUUAGCUUUUAAUGUGAUUGAAAGCUCAGACAUUAAGAUUGUCAUCACUAUAAUGCAUGGACUCAAUGUCCCGGUCAGGAAAAAAGAGUCAAAUAAUAGUGAAUUUAUUACUCCUGAUAUUGAUUUUAGCUAUGAAUCUAAAGUGUGUCCAUUUGUUGAGGCCGUCUUCCAGCGUGAGAGCGCCCGAACUAAUACAGCCGACGGCACUAAACCCACUUGGAAUGAGACACUAUGUCUUAAGUUUAAAGCUCCAGAAGAUGAAUGUUUGCCAUCAAAUUUAGCUAAAAUCAAUGAUUGUAUUUAUUUUAACCUUUUUGAUGAAGUGCUUCUCGAUUCAGAUGAAAGUAUUACCAGCGAUGGCCAACAAGUAAUACAUAAGAGAAAAGAGCGCCGAUGGUUAGGAUCACUUAAGAUACCAUUUUCAACACUUUAUCUUAAUUCAAAAAUUGAAGGUACUUUCAGUUUAAGUACUCCUUUGUUAUUAUUGGGUUAUGAAUACGAUGCUAAAGGUUGGCUAUUAGGCUCCGAUACCAUCAAUAAAGACUCCUCCAAACAAACUUAUUUAACUUUAUUUCUGACAAUUGAUCCUUCAUUGCAAUUACCCGAACCAAUGAUUAUUAAAUGCGAUACUUUGGAGAGUGAAUCACUUAAUAUAUAUGCAAAGAAAUACAAGUCUAGACUCAAUCUUGAGUUUCCCAACAGAAAUAUUAAGACAUUAGCAGUUAAUAUGAACGCACAAACAGUUUUGGUUACUCGAUAUUUGCGACCAUUAAAACCGCCCGAAGAGUUUCUGACCAAUUUUAAUGUAACCAAUGAUAUAAUGCAACGUUUAGCCAGAUAURUGUCACUAAUCCCUAAAGUACCGGAUAGUAUAGCUAUGCCCGGUGUAUGUGACAUAUGGUGUACUUGCGAUCAGUUCUUAGAUAUGCUGAUUGGCGAUGAAGAGGAACACGCGAUACUUUUGUGCAAUUAUUUCUUAUAUUUGGAGAAAAGAGCCGCCAUUUUGCUCGGCAAUGGUAUACCCGAAGGUUUGACUGCUUAUGUGAUUGUCUUCGAGUACGGUCGCGAUCCCUAUGUUUUUAAUGCAUCGACUGGUGAACAGUUCAGUGUUAGAGACAGUUAUAUACCUCUCAAUUCUGUCGGAUGUAUUAUAACACCUGAAAAUAUUUACGCCAACAUUUCAAAGUCAGAUCAUCCAAAUCGACUUAAUUACGAUAUAAAUAAAAGUUCCGAUUGGAGACCAUUUUUUGGCAAACAAUAUGUCAGUCCACCUAUUGUUAGCAUUCAGCCCGAAGUUUUGAAUUAUACGGCCAGUGAUUUUGACAGUGCUUUACAACUUCAAGAGAAACUGGAAAAGCAUUUAAGGGAAUGGUUUAUGAAAUGGAGAAAAAGGAAAACAACUUUCUUUAAUAGACAUAUCAUUCAGUCAAUCAAAAAGAUGUUACCACGACUCGAGAGUGUCGGCAAAGUUAAUAUCAAUCAUCUAAUACAACAACUUCACGAUGUCUUCGUCUUGCAUGAGAUGACUGGUUUUCCCUUAAAUAUGCCGUUCACUGACUUUAAUUCCAUAACUGAAGCCGUGUUCGCCACUGGAGUUCAUUUGGCUGAAGACAAGAGCGUCGAGUUUGCGCUCACAGUCUAUGUUCAUCCCUAUCCGUCCAAUGUAUUCUCGGUUUGGGUAUAUGUGGCCGCACUUACCAGACAUUCAGAGCCUUAA